GGCGGGCCACUUCACGGGACAAUGCACACCCAUCCUUCGCACCGCUCUCCAGAUCGAGCUCCCGCAAUCCCGCAGACUGGGCACCAACGUCAUUCCAAACGCGAAGACCACCACCACUACCACAGACACUCGGCGCUCCAAGAAUGAAACCCCCUGCCUAUCCGACCAAAUCCGACUCCUAAUGAGACGAGUCCCCUACCCUGUCGCCAUCAUCACAGCCACCGACCCCCACGGGCCACCUGAAAAGGCCUUCCGCGGGAUGACCGUCUCCUCGUUCAACACCGUCACCCUCAGCCCGGAACCCGUCAUCUCAUUCAACGUGCGCCGACCCUCCGAGACCCUGAGCGCCCUCCAAUCCUCUACGCGAUUCCUUGUCCACCUCCUCGCCCCCCGACAAGCUACCGCAUCCCUCGCCCGGGACUUCUCCAAGGGCAACCACAACCUGUCCAUCCUGGCCGGGAAGAGCGAAUACGAAUUCGUCUCACACGCCCCUACACCAUCUGGCGACGAUGCUCCAAGCAGACCCCUCCCAUUGCUGCAGAGAAAAGAGAAUACCCGGUCCGCGGACUCGGAGGACUUCCCAUUCGUAUUCGAGUGUCGACUCCACCCGCAGGGAAUCCAGGUGCACGACCAUACCAUUGUCGUGGGGACGGUUGUUCGAGCUCUUUCGGGCUCGCUAUCCAACCUGGACGCGGAUACCAAGGCCGCAGACCUUUGUCUGACGUAUGCUAAUACCCGGUUCUGGGAAAUGGGUCAUGAGAUCUGAGAUACUUAUCCUAUCUUCUUCCUUGGUUCCGUCGGACAUCAUCAUCUUCGUGAGGACUGAACAUCCAUCUCACGCGUAUAUACCACUACCUACUACAUUCUUGACUCUUGCAUCGGGUGAUAGAUCCUCACACCAUCAAUAUGAGUUGCUGAGUCGGUUCAGCGGCCCUUGUACAGUACACCUCACAAACACCACACUACAUCACAUCACAUCACACACAUUACACUCCAUGCAUUCUACUAUGAGAUAUGUCAUUUGGUAAUAACGUCUCUCUCUCUCUCUGUUUGUAUAUAGAAUCUCCCAUAGAUAAGAAG